GAUAAGUGUAAAGCUCGUCGACGGCAGCGAGAGGCCCAAGCUUCCUGCAGCUUGUCACCGAGGAGCAGCGCGACUACGCCUCGUUGGCUUCUCCUCGAUUCGCUCAAUCUGCUAUAUAACGUCUCAACUCGGCUCCGAGGCGCUUAUUCAAAGCCUCACAAUGUCUAGCUUUGCCUCUCGUCCACUCGGGAUCAUAUUGGCCCCCGUAGCCUUUGCGUGCCCAGCACUCCUGAAAAUCGGCGUAGCUCUGGUCGCACCCCGAAACAUGACAGCAGACUUUAAGAACAGGAUAGACGCCCGAGGGACAUGUAGCAAGGCUGCCGUUGUGGUAGCCACCAGCCUCACGCCUUUCUUUGUCGUGCCUCUAGCUCUUUCUUCCAUUCUUCAAACAAACUCCCUUCUCACCAUAGUCAAUCGUUCGCCCGUGUGCUUUCAUCCCGUCUUGAUGUCUCAUUUACCUCCCCUUCAUUGAGCGCUAAAGGCGCGCGCGGUUCCCGCAAUGACUUCCAAGAGGAUCUUCUCCUGGUCGAAGCGGCAGUCCAGUGCAGAGCCGUAUUACCGGACCGGGGGAUUGCUCCCUAUUGACACAAACGGGCGCGACUCCAGCAAUGGCUUCGAGACAAAGAGCAUCGCGACGGCUGACCCGCGACGGCUAUCCAACCUCAAGAUUAUACCACCGGACAAGCAGGUUGCUUUCAGUCCCGUGGCAGCCCCUUACAAUGCAGCCCUGGCCAAUGCAGCGUCGACCCUCCAGGUGGCGUUUAAUGAGAUGCUGCGCUCGCCAGCACCGGGUGCUUCUGCUUGCACCGGAACAGAACUUCUACAAAAGCCUCUUCCUAGUCGGCCUCGUUCCAUUUCCGCGCCGUCAACUCCAAUCCUACCAGCUGAACUGCCUGGAUCACUUUUACAGGAUAAUCAAGGGUUUCCAUCUGGCUCAUCCCCCUUGGAUGCUGCGCCUCUGCGUCCGAUUUCUCAGACUACUCCAAGGGGAACCCAUCCGCCCGUCAAGUCCUUCGAGGCCGAGGGUGACUCUUUGAACCUCUUGAACCUGGUGCCUGAGCCAUUGACCCACGCGAAAAGUGUCCCCAGCAUGAGCGCGCGACAUAGCACGAUGAGGUCGGUCCGCAGCGGAAAUGCUCUCAACUCCAGCGCUGCUAAGCAUAGUCCAUUGAAAGUGCAACAUAAAAAGGCGUUGAACGAGACCAGUUCACGAAGACGGUCGACACCAAACCUGAUAACGUCACCUUCAUCUACCGAUAGCAAGCUUUCAACGAGCCUCCUCUUAACGAGUGAAGAUAGUAGUAGUAACAACCCAAACCAGGCUGGUGCGGCUAAGCUGUUGCAGCCAUCGCCCCUGAUCGUAGAGGGAAAAGGCUGGAAUUCCGAAGUCGAAGCGCGCGAAAGCCUGCGAAAUGAACUUGGCGCGUCUGCCACAACCACCCCAACGACACGCAGCAAACACACCGAAGAACUCAAAGCUACCAUCACGACACAGGACCAAACCAUUUCGACUCUCCAAGCUCAAUUUGGUAGCCUCAGAGCAUCACACGAAGCUCACGUUGCGAGUCUCGUAGACACACACUCGGUGGAAAUCGCAUCGCUGCGAAACUACGCAAGAGUACUCGAGGAGCAAUUGGCACGGAAACCAAGUCUACAUCACGCCUCGAGCAACAAUCUCUUGUUCCUUCUCGAUACUACUGAGCCCCCGCAGACGCCAAGUCGCGAAAGCUCGCAGCACACAGCAGGGAGCGGCUCCGCUAGCUCGAUCACGUCUUUCCAGAGCGCGCUUGAGAAGCAGCAGCAGCGGUCGCCACAGCGUCUACGCAAUAGUCCAGAGAUGGAGAACCUGCGGCGCAAACUCAGCACAACGAAGCGACCAGAAACGGCCAGCCGGAACCUUCUACCAGAACUUAACCAGUACAAACAGAACAAUGUCGCGCUACAGAAGCAGAUUGAAUCAUUGAUGGCAAAGCUAAACGAGUCCAAGAAAAGCGAAAGGGCGUUGCAAACCACGCUGAACGAAGUCGAACAGAAGCUUGUUAAGUGGCAGGAGAAAGCAGACAAGGCCGAAAAACUCGCGAAGAGCGUACAGGCUCUGCAAAACACCAUUGAUCACCUCGAAAAUCGGCUUGAGAUUGCCAACAUUGAGCGGCUAGAUGCAGAAGAACAGCUCUUCAACCUCCAAGUUCAAAAAUCCCCUUUUGACGUCGCGUUGCCGAAACUCCAAAUGCCUUCAGAUGCAGACCGGCGGGAGACUAAGGUAUCGCAGAACCCUCAUAUGAGCAUGAGCACCGUUUUCUCGUCGGGCUCGCCCACUAGCCCGGAAACUGAAUCUCAAGAGCUGUCGACACUGGCCACGUUCAUUGCACACAUCGAACGACUCCAGGACCAGGUCAGACAGAAAGAUACUUACAUCGCCGAGUUGGAGGUUGACUUGGGACAACUGCGAAUGAAACAUGGUCAACUAGAGCAAGAACACAAUGAGACCUCUCUCCAGCUAGAUAUACAGAACCGCCUCUUGAGAGAGACGCAGCAAACGGAUACGCACAUCGAACAGCUUCGCACUGCGAUUAUUGACCGUGAAGCUAUCAUUGGCGAGAAAGAAAAGUCGAUUCGUGCUGUCGAGAGACAACUAGAGCAUCACAAGUUGUUACUGCGGGCGGAGAUUCGAAGACAUACGGCAAUGAAACUCCACAUUGCAGUUGAGGACGACCCUCUUCCAGAACUUACUUCACUUGCUGGGAAAGGAGAUAUUGAUCGGUGGAUCGACAAGCUCAACCAGCGCCUUAAGAAAGAGCAGCAGACCAGCGAACGCGGUGACUUGACUACCACAAGUGAGGCGCAGAUAGAAAGCCUGCGGCAAGAGAUUGAUUUCUACAUCCGAGAGAUGAUAUACUACAAGCUCGAUAUCAAGGGCUACAAGAGCGAUAUCAGGAAAUUGAAAAGAAUCACAGCUCAGACGAGCAACUAUGGUGACCCCGAAUCGGACACAUCAUCGUUAAGGCCUGCGAAUACUCCCAAUCGGCCGCGAUUCGCCUUUGCGACACCUGAACUCGGCGCGUCGGGUACCACAUCGCCUAUUCUGAUGGGUGUCUCCGUAACCUUGCCAGUCAAUCGCCCUAUUACUCCGCCAAUGUCAAGCCCUGCAGGUAUCUCGCCGAUAACUCGAUCAAACCCGACACAGAAACGAGUUCCUCAGCAACUCGAUCUCAACGCGCCUAUGACACCUCAAACACCGACACGCAAACCCGGUUACAACUUGGCGAACGAGGCUGACAACAUGGACCCUGGCAUCUCUCCUCGUUCUGUCGCAAGGCUAUCGCCAGAACGCAGGAAGCCCACGCCUCCGUCGCCGGAACGAGAGAGGUUUGGUGAUCUGCUGACCAACUUCCCUUUGAGCACUCCAGCGGCACCCCAGAGACAUAACACGCAACGCAGCAUGAGCGAUUCGAUAAUUCAACCCUAUAGCGCGCCGAGGACGCCUGAGACAUCACCAGCAAUUCCGGAUAUCGGAACACCAACAAACAAGAGGAGGGCAGUAGUGUUUCGAGGACGAUCAGCAUCAAAUUCGGAUGCAGGUAAGGGUAAGAGUACACCUGAAAGACCACCCCGUCCUCGGCAAGGUCUAUUCGAAUCUUCUACUGCGGUUAGACCAGCAGCUGGACUACAACCUAGUCCGCUAGAAGUUGAUAUCUUGGCUGAAGCGAUGAGGAUUUCCCCAGAACAGGAUAAAUCAACAGGACAUCCGCUAGUGCCACGGAACAACUCGAACUCAUCCAGCGUACGUGUUGCACCACUACCAAUAAUAGUCAAAGACGUUAGCGAUCGAGCUGCAAGCUCUCCUUUGCCGAUCUCGCCUACGGUCUUGCGCUCACGAGCAGGCUCAAAUGCCUCCAGCACUGGCAACUUCCCAAUCCAGUCGUCACCCCCAGCAGAGCGAAAGUUGAGUACGGCUUCUAGUUCAAGUAUCCCAUUUGUCAUCGCUAUGGGCUCGCCACAUAAUCCUGCUCUCAUCACGCCAACAACAAGCAUGCCACCAACAGCGUGCUCGAUCACUCGGAACGCACCCCUAGCGAUCAACGCGUCGAUCUCUAGGGCUGGUGUAGGCGGUACCAUGGCCUCUUCCACACCCAUCACCUCGCCUACUUCGCUACCAGAUAGAGCAGAGCCUCCUCAGAAGCCAUCGUCAAAUAAACCUAUGUCAUCAACACCUCCAGUCCAAGUCCGCAAGACCAGUCUGUCAAAGAAGACAGAAGACAAAAUUCCCCGCUCGCCUCAUACGCCGUCACACUCGCGCAACGUUAGCGGGAGCAGUAUCCGUACGGCGAUUCGGUUACCGAAGGCUCGGGAAAAGGAGAGGGAGGAAGCACACAGGAUGAGGAAGGAUAGCAUCAGUAUGCCGAGGCCUUUGGGUAGCCCAUUUGGCAUCGAGCGGUCCGCAUCGGUGGGGCAGGAUAGCCAGGGAGAAGGCGAGAAAAAUGGAGGUACUGGUUAUGCUUACGGUAUCGGUGAAGCUAUCUGAUGAGUCGGCCGUGAUAAGCUUACGAUGAACGGGAACGAGAGUUGCAUGACAUAGUAAUAGCAUUAAUCCCAGUAUGCAUAAUGAUGAAUGAGUACCCGAUUAAGUAAAUGCUUGUGAAGUGAAGCCCGUCAUGUGCACUAGCAGAUGGGAUUUAAAGCCGUAGAAAACACAAACCGAGAACGCAAUAGGAUGAGGAGAGUAAAAAGGUUGCAUCUAAUUGAUAGACUACGUGUGAUUCCGCCUGAUAGGACGGUAUCUUGACGCGAAGAAAGCCGGGUAUCUUAUUACGUAUUGUACAAAGAGACAAGCGACAAAGCCUUCAACGGUGGCCGAAUCUUUGAGGACAUAAAUGGCUUCCAAGACGUAUAUUCGCGCUCAACGGCCGCAUUGAUAUGAUGCCU